CGCCGGCGAUCAUCAUUCGCCCGGCGCGGUAGCAUCGAUCCGCCACCAUGUUCUGGAGGUUUGGCGGCUACGCCAACAUCUCGACCAUCGACACUAUCCUCGACAAGCCCGACUUCACCCUCGAAGAGCUUCUCGAAGAGGCCGAUCUGAUACAGGAGCUCAAGCAGCAUAACUCCAAGCUCAUUGAGUUCCUGCGCGAGGACAAGGUGCUCGAGAAGCUGCUCGAGUAUACCAUUGCCCCCAAGCUUGAGGCUGUUGAGGGUGCUGAGGAGCCUGCCGAUGAUGACAUCAAGACCAAGGGCCGUCUGCUGCCCUUCUCGCGCCCUCGCGCUUCGUCGCGCGCUACCGAUCCCGGCGAGAACGAUGACGAGCUGGACAAGAAGCGCAAUCGCUAUGCUCACGUUGCCUGCGAGGUACUGAGCUCCGAUACAUGGUCCAUAUACGAGGCCCUCGUCGAGAACCGGCAGCUCAUCCGUGACUUUUGGAACUUCCUCUCUCGACCCGCGCCGCUCGACCCUCUUCAGGCGAGCUACUUUACCAAGGUCAACGAAUCGCUCUUUGAGAAGAAGACGGAGGAGAUGAUGGAACUGCUCUGGAGCUUGCCCAACGUCAUCCCGGACAUGCUGAGGCACGUCGAGUGCCCCAUGAUUAUGGAUCUGCUGCUUAAAAUCAUCGCCCUUGAUCGCACAGAAGGCGGACAAGGCGUGGUUGAGUGGUUGUAUUCCAAGGACAUUAUUCCAACUCUCCUCUCCUUCCUCGGCCCUGAGCACAGCUGGGUUGUGCAGACGGCCGCGAGCGACUUCAUCAAGGCCAUCAUUACCAUCUCCGCCAACGCCUCGCAGAAUGAGCAGCAGUGCAUCGGCCCUAACGAGCUCACUCGUCAGCUUGUCUCGAAACCCUGUGUCGAGCAGCUCAUCGGCUAUAUGCUCGGUGGCGGCAAUCCCUUGACUGUUGGCGUCGGCAUCAUCAUCGAGGUGAUUCGGAAAAACAACUCGGACUACGAUCCCGACGUCGGAACGGAAGCCAACACCACGCCCUCCAGUCGGGACCCGAUCUACCUUGGUACUCUAUUGCGCCUGUUUGCCCAAAACGUGCCCAACUUCAUGAAUCUCAUCAUGAACGAGCCGUCCAAGAAGCAGAGCGUCAACUCGACGUUCAACGAGAAGCUUGAGCCUCUCGGAUUCGACAGGUUCAAGACCUGCGAGCUCAUGGCGGAGCUGCUGCACUGCAGUAACAUGGGCUUGCUCAACGAACCCGGCUCCGAGCAGCUGAUUGCACACCGCGACCUUGAGCGACAGCGCCUCCGAGCCGAGGGCAAGCUCUCGCCCCGCGACGAGGACGGAUCUGCCGAUGAUUUGACGAUGCGAAUUCCCCACCCCGCCCACCAGGAGGAGGUUCGCCGCCUCGAAGUCACUAAUGCCGACGACGAUGGCUUUGAAGAGGUUGAGCCUACCAGUGAGAUGAACGAGGACACCUCCCACGAGUUUGUCAAGGCCGAGGACGACAUCGCCGCACACCCGUCUUCAUCUUCUUUCCUCGAAAAGGACGAGGAGGAAUUCGUCGACGAGCCGCUGAGCUCUCCUCGGUUGGCAGUGGCCACGGCCAGCAUCAACGAGCAGCGCUUUGAAGAACCCGAUCUUGUUGUUGCGCCUCUUUCGCCCACCAAGCAGAAGGCUGCCGACCUGGCUCAAGCCGAGAUAGAGAACCCUACUGUUAGCGAGGAACAGGUCAAGGCUGCUGCAGAGGAGCACGAGUCUCAGUCCCUUUCGACUGUUCUCUCAGGGCCCAUCAUAAUAGAGACUCCUGGAGCAGCUGAUGCAGCCGUCGCGGAACCAUCUGCAACUGAUUCUUCAUCCCACCCCGAAGCUCAAAAGCCUGGGCUGCAGCCCUCACCGCUGCCCAGGGAUGACGACACGAUGAAGAGCGCAUCUGCGCCCAGCGCUCCGCAAGAGGCCACCUCUGCCGCUGGCGAGCUGGUUCCCGACGAAGUUGACAAGUCUCGUGGCCUAUCCCCCCAUCCUGAAGAUACCCCGGCCCCUCUCUUCUCAGCUCCUCUCGCGCCUGACUCUGGUGUCCAAGAGCCGCCUCGCGAUGGCUCAUUCACACCGCCCCAGGGUCCUGAACCCAUCCUUGCCGCAUCUGGGGAGAAUUCUGGAGAGCCUACGAGCGAUACGGGCGAAGCUGUUGUAGGAGACUAUCUCAAGAUGCAGUUUGUCGAGUAUCGCGUCGUUCCAGCGAUUUUGUCCUUCUUUUUCGCAUACCCGUGGAACAACUUCCUCCACAACGUCGUGUAUGAUAUUGUACAGCAAGUGUUCAAUGGUCCGAUGGACCGGGGCUACAACCCGACAUUGGCCGUUUCACUCUUCGAGGCUGCCGACAUCACCACCGCCAUUAUCAAGGGCCAGCAGGCUAGUGACGAAUCUCAGGCCAAGACUAAGACGCGUAUGGGAUACAUGGGCCACCUCACGCUCAUUGCCGAGGAAGUUGUCAAGUUCACCGAACGCCACCCCCCGGAGCUCCUGUCAGAGACGGUCCUGGACAAGGUUAUGAGCCAAGACUGGAUCAACUAUGUCGAGGGCGCUCUUGCGGAAACGAGAGAGCGAGACAAUGCCAUUCUGGGUGGCGUCCGACCUGAGGUGGCUAUGGGACAUCGAGUCAGCCUGGGCGGCAGUGGAUUGGGUGGCAUCGGAUUGUCGGGCCUUGGAAACUCGGCCAGCGCAUCAAACGCCCUGGCAGAGGCUGGCCUCAAUGGCGGCAUGGAGAUGAACGAAGGAGACGGAAACGGAAUCGGUCCUUUUGCGAUCAGCGCGGGCACUCUGAUGUCUGGAUUUGGAAGCAGUAGCGACGAAGACGAGGAUGAGGGUGACGGUGACGAAGAGGAAGUGAAUUCUGAGGUGAGUUUUGAUUCUUCCGAUGAGCAUGGCAACGAGUCUCCUGAGGCGACAAUGGGCAUGACAUACACACCCGAGGAUGUCAUCAUGAUGUCUCCUGAACCGAUCAGAGCGGGCUCUCCAGACGCAAUGGCCGGUUUGGAAGCAGAUGCUGACCUGGAUGAACCGGGUCAGGACAUCAUGGUGAUUGAGGAAGGGGGAUGGAUUCAGAGGCGGGACCCAGGCCAGGGCACGAAUAGAAGGCUGGAUUUCUCUUAG